CGCGAUGGAACAAUAACCGACGAUUUGUGUUUGUUGACAGUGAUAAUUUUUGUUUUUAUUUUUAUAAAAACUUCGUGAGAUUUUUGGGUGUUCUUGUGAUUAUUAUUUAAAUACCUUUGUAGUGCUAAUCGGACUUUGUACUUUGUUGAAUUAGUUGCCUACUUCAACACUAGGCAUUUUUCAACUCCAUCAACAUGACGUCAGCUUCAUACCUGGAGCAUUACCUGGAUAGUUUAGAAAACCUACCCGUAGAAUUACAGCGUAAUUUUAAACUAAUGAGAGAACUAGAUUCUCGAGCUCAAGAAAUAAUGAAACAAAUCGACAAAACAGGAGACGAUUAUUUAAACAACAUUAAAAUCAUCAGCACCGAAAAGAAGAAAGAACACAUUAACGAAAUUCAAAAAUUAUUCACUAAAGCCAAAGAAUAUGCAGAUGAUAAAGUGCAAUUAGCCAUUCAAACUUACGAAUUGGUUGAUAAACAUAUACGUAGACUAGACUCAGAUCUGGCCAGAUUCGAAGCCGAAAUCCAAGAUAAAGCUAUGAGUAGCAGUACUAGAACUCAAGAAGAACCUCCAAAUCCUCAAAAACGAGGACGAAAGAAAUUACCCGAUAAAGACGUGAAAAAGAAAACCAACGCUGAAGAAGAAGCUGCAGCUAAAGCUAAUAAAAAGAAACAGAAAAAAGGUGCUGUACUCAAUAAAGCUACCGCUGUUUCUUCGAGCAAAAUUGUCGCAUCUGCGGUCGAAUCGAAUUUCAGUUCUAUUUUGCCUAACGUUUCUCAUUCUACUGAUGCGAUUGAUAUGCCAGUUGAUCCAAAUGAACCGACUUACUGUCUUUGUAAUCAAGUAUCUUAUGGUGAAAUGAUCGGUUGUGAUAAUUCAGACUGCCCUAUCGAAUGGUUUCAUUUUGCUUGCGUUAAACUUACUACGAAACCAAAAGGAAAAUGGUAUUGUCCAAAAUGUAUUAUUGAUAGAAAAAAGAAAUGAUCCUGUUGAUUAUAUGUACUUAGGCUAUGUAUUUUGUGUGAAUGUUAUAAAAAUAAGAUACUUAGGUAUUAAAACGUAUUUAUACAUAGGUAAUGAUAAGGUUGAUAAUGCGAUUUUAUACAUACUCGUAUUUUGUUAUAUGGAUACCCAUGAUUUUUUUUCUUUUUCCCAAUUUAUUCAAGGGACUAAAUCUGUUAGCCAAAUUCUUUUUAUAACAAUCAGAUCGUAAAACGAUCCUAAUUUUAACCUUGAUAUCCUAUUUUAAAAUUACUCAUUUUUCGAAUUUGCCAAUGAUUGAUUUUAUCAUUCAUAAUAUUCAGUUUGCAAAGCAAAAAUUACUGCUAGUCAUGGAUUAAAUUUUUUCUCCAAUUUUAUAGUUCUUAUUUCUUUUAUUCUUUUCUUUAAUUUUUGAAUUCAUCUCAUUACCUACCUAUUAGUACCUAAUUUUUCGAGAGAUUUUAUUGAUUUUUAGAUAGGUAAUUGUGGAAUUUUAAUUCGUUUUUAACAAUAAAAACAGCUUAAAACGCCACUACCAAAAAAGGGUGAAAAAAAUAAGAAGUUGAUGUAAAAGCAAGUAAAAAAUAAUGGAAAAAAUGCUUCCAAUCGAAUUUGGAAUUUCAGCAAAAUCUUAUGAAAAUCGUCUCAGGUCGAUUAAAAUAUGUUUUUUUUUUGUUAUUUUUAUUUACUUUUUUUUGUAUUGUUAGGAUUUUUCUCACAAAGUUAUUAAAAUCAGACCAACUCAUAAUUUUUUCAUUUUUUUUUUGUUCAAAAAAACGUUAGAUUCCUACGUAAGGCGAAUUAAAAUCGUAAAAAAAAUAAAAUCACUAAAAAUUACUAAUAACGUAUUGUAUUUUCAGUAAGAAUUUGACAAAUUGUUACGAAAAUUGCACAAAACAUUCAUAAAAUGACUUCCAAACACGAAAAAAAUCAUAAAAUGGCUAUAAAUCACUAAAAACCAACAACUUUUCAGUAAAAUUUAGCAAAAAUUGUAUAAAAAGCAUUAAAACAUGCAAAAAUGAUGUAAAAUCAUCAAAAAAAGAAGUAUCAAAAUUCAAAAUCACUGCAUAAAUCUCCAGAAAGUGAAACUAUUGGCUUUACAUUGAAAUGGGGCAAAAUACAGCUACAAAUGCACCAAAAAUUGUUGAAAUGACUGAAAACACGAAUAAAUUGUCAAAACAAGUUCAAUUUUUUCCAAUUUUCAUAGUUUUCGAUACUUUUUUCACGUUUUAUAAAUUUUCAACAUGUUUUUAACAAUAUAGGAAUUUUAAAGAAAUUUCACCGAUUGUUACUGAUUUUAAUGUUUUUUCAGCAAUUUCUGACAAUUUACGGUGAUUUUAAUGAUUUUUUUCACGUUUUCAAGCAAUUUGAACAGUGUUUUGCAUUGUUUUGCUACAUUUUGUCACAUCUAACCGAAACUUCAUUAGGUACCAGGUUUUAUUGAUUUACAAUAAUUCUAGUGCUUUUUUGGUGAUUUUAAAUACUUACAUCAUUUUAUCGUUUAAUUCAAUAUUAUUUUAUUUUAUUCAACUUUUGGCAAAUUUUACCCAACAAAAAUUUUAUUACCUAGUUUUAAACUCAUUUUAACAAUGUUUUGUGCAGUUUUUGUUUCAUUUUGCCACAUCUUACCAAAAUUAUAUGUACCUAUUACUUAUUAGUUAAUUAGUCAAUUUUAAUGAUUUUAAGAUUUUAUACAUGUUUUUAAGACAUUUAAACGAUGAUUUGUACAGUUUUUGCCGAAUUCUUAAAAAUAAACUUCAUCAUCACAGCACUUUUUGAGUACCUAUA